AAAAAAUUAAUAAUUAGUUUAAAGAAUAAUUAAUUCAUUAUUUAAUCAGUGUGUUAUUUAUGUAAUUAAUAAUGGAUGACAUUAAUGAUAAAUUUUCAUAUGUUUAUAGUUCAUCUUUAGACACAAGGAUACAAAUAAAAAUAGGUACAUUAGAAGGUGUAAGACAACGCCCAGAGUAUGAUAAAUUAUUAUUAGACCCGAUGAUUAAAUUCUCUGGACUCUACGGAGCAGGAGGUGGAAGAGGAGACUUGGCAGCAUCCUUACAAAUUUGGGGUGGUGGUCGUCCCCUUGCAUUGCCUGUUCAUACUGCGUACAAACAUUUUUCUGUUCGCUGGAACUGGAACCAAUGGGUGACCCUGCCGAUAUCAUACUCAGACUUGCCGCGAGACGCGCAAUUGGCAAUAACAAUAUACGAUUGCGCUGGCCCGGGUCGACAGAUAGCCGUCGGGGGUACGACAAUAUCGCUCUUCGGAAAGCACGGAGUCUUCCGCCAGGGAAUGCUGGACCUACGAGUCUGGCCGAAUGUUGAAGCUGAUGGCUCAGUCCCCACGACUACUCAAGGAAAAGCCCGAGAUGCUGGGAAGGAGCAGAUGCAAAGACUCGCCAAGCUCGCUAAGAAACGCCGCAAUGGACAAAUGCCACGUGUCGACUGGCUGGAUCGCUUGGCGUUCCGCGAGAUAGAAGUGAUCAAUGAGCGCGAGAAAAGAGAGUCUAAUUACUUGUAUCUCACUGUGGAAUUUCCUGAGGUUACUAUGGACGGAAUGCCGUACUCGAUUGUUUACUAUGAGAAAGAUGGAGAUGAAGUUGUUCAGCAUCGAGCUCAGCCGGAUGUUGUUACCAUUCCAGACUAUGAAAUUCUGGCGGAAAAUCUUGUAGAAGCUAAACAUCAUAAGUUGGCUCGUAGUUUGCGCAGUGGUGGGAAUACUAGAGAAGUUAAACCUACUUCUAGUGUUCGGGAUGCUUUGAAUACUAUUUUAGGAUAUCCACCAACAACUGCCCUGACAACAGAGGAGCAAGAUUUAAUCUGGAAGUUCCGGUACUACUUAUCAACCCAAAAAAAAGCACUAACUAAAUUUGUCAAGUGCGUAAACUGGAAAGUAGCCGGCGAGGAGCGUCAAGCUUUAGAAAUGCUUGCCAGUUGGAGUCCUCCAGACCCAGAAGACGCUCUGGAGCUUCUCGGACCAGCCUUUACUCACCGAGCAGUCAGAAGAUACGCAAUAGCAAGAUUAAACCAAGCUAAUGACGAUGACCUGAUGCUCUAUCUCCUGCAGCUGGUCCAGGCGUUAAAGUACGAGAAUUUUGAGAGUAUAAAAGCAGCUAAUUUGAAGAUUGUUCGCGAGAGCGAAAAAAUUGAGAGGAUGGAAAAACCUGAGCACUCAAACAAUUCUAUGUCUACGUCCAGUGAAUCAGAAACAAACCAAUCAUCAUCUAGUCAAGAGUCUCCGAUGGAUCUAGCGUCAUUUUUAAUAACUCGAGCAUGUCAAAAUUCAACACUGGCUAAUUACUUAUACUGGUACCUUGCAAUUGAGUGCGAAGACCAACCAGACCCAGCGAUAACUGUCAAACAAGACACGCGGGUCAGAGAAAUGUAUGUCACAGUGAUGAAAAUGUUCUCGAUGGCUCUCACUCAAGGGAACGUCAUCUGGCAAAAGCGGAAAGCUUUUUUGGCUCGCCAAAAAUUGUUUAUUGAUCAACUAGUCGCUCUAGUGAAGGUAGUAGCCCGUGAAAGCGGCAACAGGAAGCGCAAAACUGAUCGUCUGAAGGCUUUGCUGUCUGAGCAAGAUCAAAAUUUUAAAAUUAAUUUUUCUAAUUUUGAACCUAUACCUUUUCCGCUUGAUCCGGAAAUUUCUAUAAAGGGAAUUAUUCCUGAUAAAGCAAGUUUAUUUAAAUCAGCGCUGAUGCCAUCCAAGCUGACUUUUCUUACAACGAAUAACACUGAGUACAUAGCGAUAUUUAAAUAUGGAGAUGAUUUGAGACAGGAUCAGUUGAUUUUACAAACUAUUGCGCUGAUGGAUAAAUUACUGAGAAGAGAAAAUUUGGAUUUAAAAUUAACGCCUUAUCGUGUUUUGGCGACGAGUACACGUCAUGGUUUUCUUCAAUUUAUCGAGUCAACCACAGUGGCUGAAGUCUUAGCCAGCGAGGGAUCAAUCUUGAGUUUCUUCCGUAAGCACCAUCCAUCAGAAACUGGCCCAUACGGAAUCGCUCCCGAAGUUAUGGACACUUACGUCCGCAGCUGUGCUGGUUACUGUAUAAUUACUUACGUACUAGGAGUUGGAGAUCGUCAUUUAGAUAAUUUAUUACUUACUACAUCAGGUAAAUUAUUUCAUAUAGACUUUGGGUAUAUUUUGGGACGUGACCCAAAACCUCUGCCGCCUCCCAUGAAGCUCAGUAAGGAAAUGGUUGAAGCUAUGGGUGGUGUGGGCUCUGAACACUACCACGAGUUCAGGAAACAAUGCUACACAGCGUUUCUCCACUUGAGACGUCACGCAAAUUUGAUUUUAAAUUUGUUCUCGCUGAUGGUCGAUGCCAGUGUUCCGGACAUUGCUCUUGAGCCGGAUAAAGCUGUGAAAAAAGUCCAGGAUAAACUGAGACUGGAUUUGAGCGACGAGGAAGCUGUUCACUAUGUACAAAAUUUACUGGACUUGUCUGUCACCGCGGUGAUGGCUGCUCUGGUUGAACAAUUGCAUAAAUUCGCUCAAUAUUGGCGGAAGUAAUUUAUAAGAUUUUGAAUAUAAUCAGAUGUAAAAUUAUAUUAUUUUUAUACAAAAGAUUAGAAAUAAAUCAUAAUCAGGUAA